AUGAGUCAAAUAAGAAUUAUAUAUACGAGGCUGCGAUUUGGAUUACCGAAGACUUCUCGUUUUGGUUCUCCACGACUUUUAUCUACAUUCGCAAGUCCUCGUCUCGCUGGCGAAGAGCCCGACUUUUACGGAGUAGGUGGUUUCCAUCGUGUUGCGCUUGGAGACACCUUUGAUGAUGGCAGAUACCGUAUCCUAAGGAAGCUCGGCUACGGACAGUAUUCCACAGUGUGGCUUGCUAGAGAUUCCAAGCAUCAGAGAUAUGUGGCUCUUAAAAUACCGAGAGCCGAUUGUUACGGUGGCCCUGAGCGAGUUCUCCUCUCGAAGAUCACAGAAACCUGCGCAAGAAGCAAACACGAGGGCCGACAUUUCAUCUUGCCCAUCCUGCAUCAAUUCAAACAUGCGGGCCCAAAUGGGGUGCAUGUUUGCUUCGUCUUUGAUGUUCUUGGACAUCAUCUGUAUUUCCAAUGCUCAAAGUAUGAGGACGGACGACUUCCUGUGCGAUCCGUAAAACUAAUCGCACGUCAGCUUCUCCUUGGGCUUGACUUCCUUCACACAGAGUGUGGUGUUAUCCAUACCGCUACGUGCAGACACGAACAUCACUCACAUAAAAUUCAACCACCAGCCUUACGAGCACCGGAAGUGACAAUAGGAGCCCCUUGGGACGCAGGAGUGGACAUAUGGAGCGUCGGAUGUCUUAUCGUGGAGUUUAUGCAGGGAAUAGUGCUUUUCUCAGGGCAAGAAUCAAAACAUGGAGACUGGACAGCUGAUGACGACCGAUUAGCAAAGACGAUUGAGGUCCUCGGCGCAUUUCCUGCUGAACUUCUCAAGAAGGGAAACCGUACAAGAGAAUUCUUUAAUGAACAUGGUACACAUACCCAGUUCUGGGGGGCUAUCAUGCCAGUUCUAUGUAUUGAUGCAACUUUUGCUACAGGGACUCUUCGAAGAAUUGCGAAUUUGAAUCCCACCACUCUCGAAAGUAUUAUCGACGGACCAGAAUCCCCUUUCUUAAAACCAGACGACAUGCCUCAUGCGGAGGUACCAAUUUUUAUCGAUUUUCUUAAGGGGAUGCUUGCAAUUAAUCCCGAUCAUCGACGGUCAGCAGCUGAGUUACUGAGACAUGGUUGGUUGAAGCAGUGA